UGAGUCUUCCAUCACCUUCUCCAUGUUGUCGCGAAGAUUAAAGGCCUAGAUUUGAAGAUGGGUAGGGUGGUUCACACCUGAUCGACUCAGGACUCUCUCUCUCUCUACUAGUUAUAAAGAAACCCUAAUUCACCUAUAGGGUGUUUACUUAACCCAAUAAAAAUGGUAGAAUUGAGAAGCAGAAGCUGAGGCUGAGCCCAUCUCCCAAUAACCCAUUCAUUUUACCCAUUAUUAUUUUCUUUCAAUUUCACUUUCUUUUUCCCCACCAAAAUUCUCUGCUGUAAUUUUCCGAGAAACUCAUGCUGGGAAUUUCAGAUUUUCCGGAGAGCUCCGGCACCGCCUCCGGCGGUCGGGAGGGUGAGGAUGGAGGUGGUGGGGCUGUGCCCGCUGGGUGUGAAGAAGAGGAGAGAGUGCGAGGCGAAGAGAGUGACCGGAAUUUCGCCGGAAACCGGUGGCCUCGUGAGGAAACUUUGGCUUUGUUGAAGAUAAGGUCUGAUAUGGACGUUGUUUUUAGGGACUCGAGUCUCAAAGCUCCUCUUUGGGAAGAGGUUUCUAGGAAAUUGGGUGAGCUUGGAUACCAUCGAAACGCCAAAAAAUGCAAGGAGAAGUUUGAGAACAUCUUCAAAUACCACAAAAGGACCAAGGAAGGGCGAUCUAAUCGACAAAACGGCAAAAAUUACCGGUUUUUUGAGCAAUUAGAAGCUCUAGAUAAUCAUCCAUUGAUGCCACCUCCUUCCCCAGUCAAAUAUGAGACUUCUACACCCAUGGCUGCAUCAAUGCCACAGACGAGCCCCAUAGACGUGACAAACGUUUCACAAGGCAUCAAUGCUGUGCCUUGUUCUAUCCAAAAACCAGCUGUGGAUUGCGUGGCAGCGUCUACUUCAACCACUUCCUCCUCAGGGAAAGAAUCCGAAGGCAGCCGUAAGAAAAAGAGGAAGUGGGGUGUGUUCUUUGAGAAAUUAAUGAAAGAAGUGAUAGAGAAGCAAGAGAAUUUGCAAAGGAAGUUUAUUGAGGCAAUAGAGAAAUGUGAACAGGAUCGAAUAGCUAGAGAGGAAGCUUGGAAGCUGCAAGAAUUGGAUAGAAUUAAAAGAGAGCAUGAGAUUCUUGCUCAAGAACGGUCCAUUGCAGCAGCAAAGGAUGCGGCUGUGCUCGCAUUCUUGCAGAAGAUCGCCGAGCAAGCGGGUCCGGUGCAAUUGCCUGAAAACCCUUCUUCAGAAAAAGUAUUUGAGAAGCAAGAUAAUAGUAAUGGUGAGAAUUCUAUUCAAAUGAGCUCCUCCCGAUGGCCAAAAGCAGAAGUUGAAGCACUGAUUAGACUUAGAACUAAUUUCGAUAUGCAGUAUCAAGAAAGUGGACCUAAAGGGCCCUUAUGGGAGGAGAUUUCACUAGCCAUGAGAAAAAUUGGUUAUGAGAGGAGUGCCAAGAGGUGUAAAGAGAAAUGGGAAAACAUCAAUAAGUACUUCAAGAGGGUAAGGGACAGCAACAAGAGAAGGCCUGAAGAUUCAAAGACAUGUCCAUACUUUCAUCAGCUCGAUGCCCUCUACAAGGAGAAGACUAAGAAGGUAGAGAAUCCAGAUAAAAAUUCAGGCUAUAACUUGAAGCCUGAAGACAUUUUAAUGCAAAUGAUGGGACAGUCAGAACAACGGCCACAGUCAGAAUCAGUAACGGAAGAGGGUGGAAGCGAGAAUGUCAAUGCAAAUCAAGAAGACGAAGAAGAAGAAGAAGAAGAAGAAGAAGAAGAUGGCGAUGAAGAAGGUGGAGAUGGAGAUGAAGAUGAUGAAGCAGAUGGUUAUCAGAUUGUAGCUAAUAAUACUUCUUCAAUGGCAAUUAUGGGGUGAAAUAUACAAAUUAAAGGUCUCUUCAUUAGAGCCUAAGCAAGUGUGCCUCAUGGCUCAUAUUGAGAAGUGGGUGAGGGCCGUUGCAGAGGCUGACCCUUGCAUAUGUGGGUCAGAAUCUAGUUGGUGAGAACUUGCAUUUUUCAUCCCAUUGGGAAAUGGCAUCUCCCCAUAAAAAAAUAUGUUGAUCAUUUCAUUGAGUAAAUAUGUGAGUGAGAGAGAGUAAAAUAAGGUGGCUGGUGUGCAAUAUAAUACACCCUUUUUUUAAUUUUCCUUCUUUUGAAAGUGCACAUACCCAUGUGUGCAAAAGAUAGAAAAGUAGGAAAUGGUUGGUUGUGGUUUGUUUGUAUCAAUAAAGUCCUCCCAUCAGCAGUAAUAAUACAAUAAAAAGGGCUGCAUUUUCUGAGACUUGGGACUUUAUAUACUUUAUUUAAUUAUCAGAAUUCAUUGAGGGUUUCCCAGUCCUA